UAUAAGAAAGAAAAUAAUACAAAUAUAAUCUUAAUAAAAAUUUAGGAUUUGGAUGAAAUGACGUACUCUACCUCCACGUGCUGAGUGUAUUUGAUUUUAAAUGCUUAAAAAGUUAAAAGUAAUAAAUUUCAUCAUGUCCGAAAGUAAGCAAAGAUUAGAUUAUAAAAAUAAAACCGUAUUAGCUCCAAUGGUUCGAGUUGGUACGUUACCAAUGAGGUUAUUAGCACUGGAUUAUGGAGCUGAUAUUGUGUACUCCGAAGAGUUAAUUGAUUGGAAAUUUUUAAGGUCAAUUAGACGUGUAAAUGAUGUUUUAGGAACAGUGGACUUUGUAGAUCCUGCAGACGGGACUGUUGUUUUUCGUACAUGUCCUAGAGAAAAAGAUCGAGUCGUUGUACAACUAGGAACAUGUGAUCCACAAAGAGCUUUAAAAGUGGCUAAAAUGGUUGAAAAUGAUGUAGCGGCUAUUGAUAUAAAUAUGGGUUGUCCGAAAGAGUUUUCUUUAAAAGGUGGCAUGGGUGCAGCUCUUUUAAAAGAUUCUGAUAAAGCAUGUGAAAUUCUUACAACUUUAAUUAAAAAUAUCAAAAUACCAGUAACUUGUAAAAUACGAAUAUUUCCUGAUUUAGAUGAAACAAUUGCUUUAGUUAAAAAAUUUGCCAAUACAGGAAUAUCUGCAAUUGGUGUACAUGGACGUACUAUUCAAGAACGACCUCAGCAUCCCAAUCGCGUCGAAAUGAUUAAAGAAAUCGCAAAGAGUUUAGAUAUACCUGUCAUUGCUAAUGGUGGUUCAAGAGAAAUUGAAAAGUUUAAAGAUAUUGGCAAAUUCCGUGAGGCCACCGGAUGUAAUAGUGUGAUGAUAGCAAGAGCCGCUCAAUGGAAUUGUUCAAUUUUUCGAAAAGAAGGCCUUUUACCAAUUGAUGAUGUUAUUAAAGCUUAUUUGAAAUAUUCUGUAGAUUAUGAUAACUCGCCAAGCAAUGCAAAAUAUUGUGUGCAAAAUAUUUUACGAGAAUUACAAGAAACACCACGAGGAAAAAAGUUUUUAGAAUGCCAAACUUUAGAACAAAUAUGUGAAAUUUGGGAUUUAGGAGAUUAUUGUCAUAAAAAACAAAUUGAAUAUCAGAAGAAUGGUUUACAAGGACGUAGAGAAGUAAAUCCAUUGUCUCAAGCGCCUGAAUCAAAACGCCGAAAAAUUGAAAUAGUAUUACCGCCUGAUGUUACAGAAUUGCAAUGCGCAUUUAUAAGGCGUAAUUUUAUUGAAGAUACUGAUUUACCAAAAUCUAAACUCCUUGUAUAUACAACUAAAAAUGGCUUACCAAAACCAAAAUAUGAAACAAUUCAAGAAGAUAAGUUAUUUCGUUCCAUUGUUACUGUGAAUGGGAAAAAAUACUCUUCUUCAUUUUGGGAAAAAAAUAAGAAAUUUGCGGAACAAGGAGCGGCGUUAGUAUGUGCGUGUUUCUUAGGCUUAAUUGAUCAAAAUGUUUUAGUAGCCAAUGGUAGUAUCUUAAGAUAAUAAAAAAUUAAUAAAAUUAUAUUUUAAA